GAGCUAGAGCGGCUGCGCGCGCUCAUCGAGGAGGCCGCCGACCAGCGCGAUGAGCUCCAACAGACCAAUGCCACGCUUCAGCGCAAGAUUGCGCCACUGCUCCAGAAGAAGCAAGAUUCGGAGAAGAAGGAGGACCGAUUGAGCGUCGUCGAGAACGAGAAGCGGUAUUACGACUGCCUCAACAGCGUGCACGAGGCGCGAGUGCAGCUCGCGACCGCCCAGACGCAGUACGACCGCAUCGCGAUGGAGCUCCAGGCGCGACUCGACGAAAAAGAGUGCAAAGCCAACGAGAUCCACGAGUCUUUCAUGGAGUUCAAGCGCGAGGUGGCCCGUAGCGCCGAGAACACGCGCACCGGCAAGCCGAUUCCGAAGCGCAUCAUUGCGCAGUUCGAAGUCGCCGAGGUCAAGAAGGACCAAGAGGUCGAGAAGGUCCGGCUUAAGAACAUCAAUCUGCGCACGCACUUGCGCAAGCUCGAGGCGCAGCUGCAUGCGAAGGAGCAGCUCGCCGAAGGGCUGCACCUCAUCGACUUUGAGCAGCUCAAGAUUGAAAACCAAACGCUCAACGAAAAGAUCGAAGAGCGCAACGAAGAGCUGCACAAGCUCCGGAAGAAGACGACGACGACGGUUCAAGUGCUCACGCACAUCAAGGAGAAGCUGCAGUUUGUGCUCGUCGAGAACCAAGCGCUCAAGCACGACCUCUCGGAGCUCGACGAAGAGCUCACCGAGUCGCGCGAUGUUCUCACCAAACACAAGAAGGACCGCGACGCGCUGCGCCACACGCAGGCAAAGAUGAAGCACCAGCAAGGCUUUGCCAACUCGCAUUUGCUCAUGGCCGACUACGAGAAGCGCAAGGUCGACAUCGAGGACUACCAGGGCCGCCUCGAGCAGCUCAAGCAGCGUCUUGCGUAUCUCAACAAGAAGAAAGCUUCGUAAGCACUUAGGAAAAUCGCGGAACUGGCAGGCUGCAAAAGCG